AUGAAUGUGACUUCAGCCGUGGACAUUUCCGGAAACGAGAGUUACAAUGUGAGCAAUGGUCUCGAUUGUGGCGGAGAACCACACUCGUAUGGGAUAUGGGAGCGUGUGAUGAUCGUUAUCAUUGCCGUUAUUCUCAGUUUGACAACCGUCGUUGGUAAUAGCAUGGUGAUGAUCUCAUUCAAGAUCGACAAACAGCUACAAACGAUCUCGAACUAUUUCCUGUUCAGCCUGGCUGUUGCUGACUUCGCGAUCGGUCUAAUUUCCAUGCCCCUGUUCACAGUUUACACUGUGCUCGGGAACUGGCCUUUGGGACCGCACAUCUGCGACCUUUGGCUAGCGUUAGAUUACUUGGCCAGCAACGCAUCAGUUUUGAAUCUUCUCAUUAUUAGCUUCGACAGAUACUUCUCUGUGACGAGGCCGCUCACUUACCGUGCCAAGAGGACUACUUCUAAGGCAGCCAUUAUGAUCGCAUGCGCAUGGGGAAUUUCGUUGGUUCUAUGGCCACCGUGGAUCUACGCUUGGCCGUACAUCGAAGGCCAAAGAACAGUGCCCAACAACGCCUGCUACAUCCAGUUCAUCGAGACAAAUCAUUACAUCACAUUUGGUACCGCAAUUGCCGCAUUUUACGUGCCUGUUACCGUGAUGAUCAUUCUUUAUUGGCGAAUAUGGAGGGAGACCAAGAAACGACAGAAAGAUCUUCCAUACCUGCAAGCUGGAAAACAGGACGCCAGUAAACGGAGUAACUCUAGCGAUGAAGCGUUGGACAUGGAUGACUGUAGGAGGCCUAGGAGCGAAUCGAGCACAGGUGUCGAAGACAUGAACGCGACGCAUAUCGCAGUCUCUUAUCUCGAGAAACAUUAUCCUGAAUACAAAACGCACAGACCAUUCUCCUGGAUGUGGCUCAAAAUGUGGUGUAUCGCGUGGUGGCACAGUGGUCGCGAGGACGACGACGAGGACGACAUCGAAGGCGCUGAGAGUAGUCGCACAGGUCAUGGCUUUGAUGAAGCUACUACGCCGUUAUCAGCAGAAACUCCCCUCACCUGUACGGUCUCUGGAUCUGCCUCUCUAAGCGGGAUUCACCCUACUACUCUAACCGUUGAGAAAACCGUCAGCAUCGCUGACAACCAUGAAUACAAAAAAUCUGGAAAAGCCAGCGAAUUGUCAACGAAAAGCAUCUCUAGUGAUUCUGUUUACACGAUUCUAAUCCGGCUUCCAACAAGAGACACCAGCGGUAUGGGGAAAUUCACAGAGGACCCAAGUAUAAAAAUGUAUCACGACGAAGCUGUCACAUUUCAACUUCACAGCAUGAUCGGAGACGUGGAGGAAGAGAACGGAAAGAUAUUUCGUCUCGGUGGCACGUUGUCGAGCCCAUCACCAAUCACGAGGAGACCGUCACACAUGCCAGACAUAGGGAAUACCUUGAACACGAAAAACAUUACGAAAGCGUUGGGGGGCAAGGGAACCGCGAAUAAGUCCGCGAACAAAAAGAAGAAAAAGCUUCAGGAGAAGAAAGCGGACCGUAAGGCCGCUAAAACAUUGUCGGCCAUAUUGCUGGCGUUCAUCAUCACCUGGACACCGUACAAUAUUCUCGUUCUAAUAAAAUCCAUCACAGCCUGCUCGUGGUACAUACCGCAGGAGCUAUGGGACUUUUUCUAUUAUCUUUGUUAUAUCAACAGUACUGUGAAUCCAGUGUGUUACGCGUUGUGCAACGCGGCGUUCCGACGAACCUACGUGAGGAUUCUAAAGUGCAAGUGGCAUAACAGAAACAGGACCGCGGUUGACCGGGGAUGA